GACAUGUUGCGAGCGGAAGAGCUGGUCUGCGACCAGGAUGAGGAAUCUGUGGAGCAGCCACCCUCUCCAGAGGCCCUGGUGCUCUUUGAUUGGCCAUUGGAGGGAUUCCACUACAGGAACUUCUUCAUCGAGUUUGAAUCUGGAGGGCCCAUUCAAAAGGAAGAGACAUUUGUGGAAAGCCUGCGAAGUCGUGAGAGGGCUGUCUACGAUAGGAGCAUAUGCAAGUCGUCUGAAGAGAUUCAAAGUAUCUGCAGGAACACACACUUGUCGAGGGACACCUGGCGGAAGGAGAGACUGCCUCGCAUUACAGCAACAAAGGCACAUAAAGUAAUACGCUGCCAAGGAGACUUGCAGAAGCUUGCCAAGGAGAUGGUGCUUGAAGUGCCCUUUUCGUCCCAAGCAACAGCGCAUGGGGUGCGUUACGAGCCAGAAGCUCGAGCCAAGUUUGAGGAAGAGCGCUGCGUCAAGGUCCACCAGUUCGGGCUUGUUGUGAUGCCCGAAGAUCCCUGGCUGGGGUGUUCUCCUGAUGGACUCUUCCGGUACGUAUUAAGCUGGAACCUCUUGGAUAGCGUCAGAAUAGCAGCAAGUGGUUCGCUGUGCCUUAUCUUCUGGUUAGCUUAGGGAAAGGCAAAAGUUACGACCCUUGUGAGCCAGUAAGGGCGGUCCACUCAGCAGCUCGUCACAAGAGGC